AUGCAGGGAAUACCGGUGGAUACUAUUGUUGUGGGUUCUCAUGUCUGGGUUGGAGACCCGGAAUUAGUUUGGGUUGAUGGACAAGUUGUGAAUAUUAAUGGAGAAGAUGCUGAAAUUCUAACUAGCAAUGGAAAUUUGAUUGUUGCAAAAGUUUCAAAAAUAUAUCCAAAAGAUGCGGAAACUUUUGCAGAUGGAGGGGAUGACAUGACCAAGCUAUCCUAUUUACAUGAGCCUGGAGUGCUGCAUAAUCUAGCCACCAGAUUUGAGAUGAAUGAAAUUUAUACUUAUACCGGGAACAUUCUCAUUGCCAUAAAUCCGUUUCAAAGCCUCCCACAGCUAUAUGAUGCUUUCACGAUGGAACUGUACAAGGGAAUUCCACUUGGAAAACUGAGUCCUCAUGUAUUUGCCAUAGCCGAUGCUGCAUACAGGGAAAUGAUGAAGGAGGGAAAAAGCAACUCUGUUCUAGUAAGCGGUGAAAGCGGGGCUGGUAAGACCGAGACAACUAAAAUGCUUAUGCGCUACCUUGCCUUCUUGGGUGGCCAUUCUGCAGCCGAAGGAAGAACUGUGGAACAACAAGUUUUAGAAUCGAAUCCGGUUCUCGAAGCAUUUGGCAACGCUAAAACUAGUAGAAAUAAUAAUUCCAGCCGUUUUGGGAAAUUUGUGGAGAUCCAAUUUGACAAGUUGGGUCGAAUAUCAGGGGCAGCAGUUAGAACUUAUCUUCUUGAAAGAUCUCGUGUUUGCCAAAUUUCAGAUCCCGAACGUAACUACCAUUGCUUUUAUCUUCUGUGUGCCGCUCCUCCUCAGGAGAGGGAGAGAUAUAAGUUGGGGAAUCCUAGGUCGUUUCACUAUCUUAAUCAAUCUAAUUGCUAUGAACUGGAAGGUGUAAGUGAUGCUCAUGAUUAUCUCACCACUAGGAGAGCCAUGGAUAUUGUUGGAAUAAGUGAAAAAGAACAGGACUCAGUUUUCAGAGUGGUGGCUGCAAUUCUUCAUCUCGGUAAUAUUGAUUUUUCGAAGGGAGAAGAUAAUGAUUCAGCAGCUGUUGAAGAUGAACUAUCCUUAUUCCAUCUUCAAAUGGCAGCAGAACUUCUCAUGUGUGAUCCUCAUGUACUGGAAAAUGCUCUCUGUAAGCGUGCAAUGAUUACUCCAGAAGAAAUUAUUGAGAGGAGCCUUGAUUCUCAUGGUGCUAGAGUAAGCAGGGAUGGUUUAGCCAAGACACUAUAUUCCCGUUUGUUUGACUGGUUGGUGGAUAAAAUUAAUGUCUCCAUUGGACCAGACCCUAGCUCGAAUUGUCUGAUCGGUGUCCUUGAUAUCUAUGGUUUUGAAAGCUUCAAAAAUAAUAGUUUUGAGCAGUUUUGUAUUAAUUUCACGAAUGAAAAGCUGCAACAGCAUUUCAACCAGCAUGUGUUCAAGAUGGAGCAAGAGAAGUACACAAGAGAGGAAAUUGAUUGGAGCUACAUAGAUUUUAUUGAUAAUCAGGAUGUAUUGGAUCUCAUUGAAAAGAAACCAGGUGGAAUUAUCGCUCUGCUUGAUGAAGCUUGUAUGUUUCCAAAGUCAACGCAUGAAACAUUUUCGCAAAAGCUUUAUCAGAUAUUCAAAGAUCAUAAGCGCUUUGUGAAGCCAAAAUUGGCUCGUUCAGAUUUCUCUAUUUUGCAUUAUGCAGGAGAGGUUCAAUAUAAGUCUGACCUAUUUCUAGACAAAAACAAAGAUUAUGUUGUUCCUGAGCAUCAAGAUUUGUUGAGUUCUUCCAAAUGCUCUUUCGUAGCUGGCCUUUUUCCUCCUCUUUCUGAGGAGGCAGGGAAAAAUUCCAAGUUCUCAUCUAUUGGUUCUCGCUUUAAGCUACAACUACAACAAUUGAUGGAAAUAUUAAACUCUACAGAGCCCCACUAUAUUAGAUGUGUUAAGCCAAAUAAUCUUUUAAGCCCUGGAAUUUUUGAUAAUACUAGCGUCAUGCAACAACUACGAUCAGGUGGUGUCCUGGAAGCCGUCCGAGUAAAAUGUUCUGGAUACCCUACCUACAGGAGUUUUCUUCAAUUUUUAACUCGAUUUGGCAUCCUGGCACCAGAGGUUUUAAAAGGGCACUGUGAUGAGAAGGUUGCAUGUGAAAAAAUUCUAGACAAGAUGGGGCUUACAGGUUAUCAGAUAGGGAAAACGAAGGUUUUCCUAAGAGCUGGUCAGAUGGCUGAGCUAGAUGCAUGGAGGACAGAAAUACUUGGCAAUUCCGCUAAGGUUAUUCAACUGAAGACAAAAACUAGAAUUGCUCGUAAAAGGUUUGUUUCUAUGCGGAAGGCCUCAAUUCGUGUACAAGCCUUUUGGAGAGGAGAACUGGCUCGCAAAUUAUAUAACAAAAGAAAAAGAGAGGCCGCUGCAGUUAAAAUUCAGAAGAAUCUACGCAGAUGUGUGGCCAGAAAGGACUUCCAUAGAAUCAAGUCAUCUGCAAUUGUAUUGCAGACUGGUCUACGGGCAAUGGUUUCUCGUGAUGAUUUUAGAUAUAGAAGGCAAUCUAAGGCAGCAGUUAUUCUUCAGGCUUCUUGGCAUCGUUAUAGAGCUUUUUCAGAUUAUCAGAAGCUCAAAAGAGUAUCAACCAUUUAUCAAUGCCGAUGGAGGGGCAGAAGUGCCCAUAGUGAUUUUAGCAAACGGCAGACGCCAGAUGACUUGGAAGAAGCGAAAGGAAAACAGGAAACAGUAUUGCGGCCUCCCCUGCAAUCUUAUCCUAGUAAAGGUGAAGAAACGGAUUUUCUGUUUGAAUGUGAGGUUGCUCAGCGAGAAAUUGAAGCAUCUUGUCCAGUUAUCAAAGAACCCUCUAGUCCUGGCGAUGCUGGAAAAAUCGAGACCCUCACUGCUGAAGUCAAACGUUUGGAGGCCAUGCUGCAUGCAGAAAGACAACGAACUGAUGAUUAUGAAAUGAAAUAUGCAAAAGCGCAGGAAUCAAGUGAGGAAAGACUUAGGAAAUUAGAAGAAAGUGAAAGAAGAGUUCAUAAACUCCAGGACUCUUUGAACAGGAUGAUACAUUUCAUGUCAAGCCAAUUUUCAGAGCUGAAAAUGAUAUUGCAUACUGCAUCAAAAUCAAGUUCAGCAUCCGAGCAAGCUGCUAGUCAUAAGGAGGUUGAAGACACUUCGAGUAGCUCAGAAUAUUCGUUUACCGACUCAGAUUUCACCUUUUCCAUUCCGUACCAAACUUCAGCGGGCUCUUCUCCCAUUCAGAACUCUUUCCACUUGGCAGUUCAGGAUAUUUCAUUAGGUGACGUUUCAGGAUCUGAAAGUGACAAGGAGGGGGCUUUUGAUGACUAUUUCUGAUAGAAACUGAUGUAAUUAUUUCUUCUUUCUUGCUCAAUUAGAGGCUAGCUUUAGAAAAACAUUUGCCCAUUUUGGCACCACAGGGUAGACACCUAGAUUUGAAUGUACUAUCACAUGUCCUCACGAGAGCAUCGUAGGUUCAUUAACAGAUGUCUAGUGUAGUGAAUUGUACGUUAGUACUGUAUUUUUGUCUUCUGAAUCUAUUAUGAUGACA